ACGCGCGUUGAGGGAAUGCUCAGCGCCGCUCCUUCGGCUCCGCUUAAGAGCGGCCGCGAAACGUCUUCGCAAAGUCCACCGCGGCUGCCGCGGCAUCCACCGGCUGCCGCACGCCGUCAGCUGCGGUCAUCGUCGUCGCCUCGCGCGCGGCGCCGUCCACAGCAGCGUCUUGCACAGGUGCCUCAGCGGCGCGGCCACUCGUCGUCCUCGUCCGGCUUGACGGCUUCAUUCUCCGGCUCGUCGUGCGUCGUGCUCAGCCCGGCGUGCUUCGGUUGGACGCCCGGAUCGUCGCUGGUGUUCGGCCGGACACCUCCGUUCGCCGUCGACGCGCACGUCCUCUGGAUUACGACCACCGUAGGCGGCCGGGACGCGACGCUGGUGUUCGGCUGCCUGCACCGGGUUCGCGCCGCGUGCAAGCGUGCCCUGGCUUCACUGGCUGCCGGGCUGCGCGCACUGGCGGCCCUCCUGAAGAGCGUGCUGCGCACGCUUGCCCGCUUCAGCUACGGCUACGGCGCCAAGGUGCGCGACGCCUGCACGGCCAGGCUGGGUGCUUGCCUGCUCCAGCUGAGGAAGGCACGAUCUCGGGAGCUGAUUAAGCAAGCAAUCCAAGACAAUGACUUUAUGAAGAACCUAGAGACCGUGCAGAUCAAGGAGAUCACCGACUGCAUGUACCCAGUCGAGUAUGCCCAGGACAGCCUCAUCAUCAAGGAGGGCGAUGUUGGCUCUGUUGUCUACGUCAUGGAAGAGGGCAAAGUGGAGGUCACAAAGGAGAACAAAUUUCUCUGCACCCUGGGGCCUGGCAAAGUGUUUGGUGAGCUGGCCAUCCUCUACAACUGCACAAGGACAGCUACAGUCAAAGCUGUCAGCGAUUGCAAGCUUUGGGCUAUUGAAAGGCAGUGCUUCCAGACCAUCAUGAUGAGGACAGGCUUGGUCAGGCAGUCUGAAUACACUGAAUUUCUCAAGAGUGUGCCUACAUUCAGAAAACUUCCUGAGGAAACCCUUGUGAAAAUAUCUGAUGUUCUUGAAGAGACUACUUAUGCACAAGGUGACUACAUCAUCAGGCAAGGGGCCAGGGGCGACACAUUCUUCAUCAUCAGCAAAGGAACUGUCAAGGUAACCAGGAAAGCACCAGAGGAGGCCAGUAGCACAGGAGAGGAGAUCUUCAUCAGGACCCUUCACAGGGGUGACUUCUUUGGAGAAAAAGCACUGCAAGGUGAAGAAUGUCGUACAGCCAACAUAAUAGCAGACGAUCCCGAGGGUGUGACAUGUCUAGUCAUCGACAGAGACUCAUUCAACCAGCUGAUGAGCAACAUUGAUGAAAUUCGGGGCAAGCAGUAUGACGAGGAUGUUGGUGCGAGACAAAGGAUCAAUGAAGAGUUCGCAAACUUGAAGCUGAGCGAUCUCCGUGUGAUAGCUACACUAGGAGUUGGUGGCUUUGGCCGGGUCGAACUGGUACAAAGCAUGCAAGAUCCAAUGCGCUCAUUUGCACUUAAGGUCAUGAAAAAGGCACAGAUUGUGGAGACAAGGCAGCAGCAGCAUAUCAUGUCUGAGAAGAUGAUUCUGGAGGAAGCCAAUUGUGACUUCAUCAUUAAGUUGUACAAGACAUUCAAGGACAGAAAGUACCUGUACAUGCUGCUUGAGCCAUGUCUAGGUGGAGAGCUGUGGACCAUCCUUCGAGACCGUGGCAACUUUGAUGACAACACUACAAGGUUCUAUACAGCUUGUGUUGUGGAGGCCUUUGACUACCUGCAUGCCAGGAACAUUAUUUACCGUGAUCUCAAGCCAGAGAACAUGCUGCUUGAUGUCCAUGGAUACAUCAAACUGGUUGACUUUGGAUUUGCCAAGAAGUUGGUGAAUGGGCGCAAGACAUGGACUUUCUGUGGCACACCCGAGUAUGUUGCUCCUGAAGUGAUCCUCAAUCGAGGGCAUGAUAUCUCAGCAGACUACUGGUCCCUGGGAGUGCUCAUGUUUGAGCUCCUUACUGGCGCACCCCCAUUUACGGAUCCUGAUUUCAUGAAGACCUAUAACAUCAUCUUGAAGGGGAUUGAUGCUAUAGACUUCCCAAGGUGCAUCACACGCAAUGCAACGGCACUUAUCAAGAAGUUGUGCAGGGACAACCCAAAUGAAAGGCUAGGCUAUGGUAAAGGAGGAAUCCGGGACAUCAUGAAGCAUAAGUGGUUUGAUGGAUUCAAUUGGGAAGGCCUCCAUACCAGAACUUUGAAGCCACCUAUAAUUCCACAGGUGCGGCACAUGACAGACACAAGCAACUUUGACCGAUACCCACCAGACACGGAUGGUCCGCCACCUGAUGACAUGACAGGGUGGGAUGCCAACUUCUGAAUGUUAAGACAGAAAGGACUCAGUUUUUCAAACCGUGUGUGUUUUUGCAAAUGGACUCUUUCUUGCCAACCACCGGAACAUCCUAGCGGGCCAGUCGAUACAGCCUCCAGUGCGUUUCGCCCAACAUCCUCCUUCGGAAUCCGGUAAAAGAUGUGGCCUACUUUCGGACAGAAACACAAUAGUGGUGCGUGCAGCUGCCGAAUGAUUGUGGUCCCCAGUGAAAAGCAUCCUUUAAGAAGAGUGCCCUUCCCUACUGGGCACCUCACAACAUGUCACAAGAAGGGCCCCGACUCUAGUCUUUGAUGAUUGUGUCCAAAGACUGCGUCUUGUCUUUGCAUCCGGCUGUGAGACUUGAUGUGUCAUGCUGUGGUGCCUGCUACUCUGACUUAAUUUGCAACCUUGUAACAAACGUCAGUGAAGUGUGGCACUGCUGCAGAGGCAGUGAUGAAAUGGAAUGGCUGAUCUUAGCACUUGUUACACUGAUUGAAUCAGGAGCCCUGUUUUGAAGACCAAUAGUAGAAGCUCUCAUUGCUGUUCAUUCUAUGAAACAAGCUUAUAGAAGGCAUACAGAUGCAGCAAUAUUGGCAAUUUACAGCACAUGUGGGCAGCCGUCACUUCAUUGGCUGCACUUGGCAGUUUAUGAUCACACCAUACAUUCACUAGCACUCUACUUUUGCGAUUUGUCCUGAAAGUGAUAAUAUGUAGUCAUACCAUUUUUCUAGAAAACUGACAUGCCUUCUACAACAUUAAUUGCUUGAUUUCCAAAUACAUAGUCCUGUGGUUUUAAUAGUUGUCACCAUUUUAUUUCACUAUCACUUAUUGUGCAGUAUAACUCGCACAUUCAAUCAAGAGUACAAAAUGGGUAACCUUAGAACUUUAGGAGGUUAGUGUUUGAACUGUGUGCUUUUAAGCCAUGUCUUCUUGAUGGCAUGCAUUCGGUUUUGGUUUAAACUCAUAGUUUUGAUUUUGCAUUUUUUAAUAAUGACUGCUUGAUUGCGUAAAAUUGCAGCCCCUUCCUGUGCUAAUAGAUGAACUGGGGUGGAGUGAUGGCAAAGUGCUUUUUUUUUUUGUAUGGUGAUGCUUGUGUAGUUGUAACUCCUGAAAGGGUCAACUGAAUUAGAUGUGAAAAGUACAUAACACAUGAGUCAAACUCAUGUAUUUUUCACAGCUCCUGAAUAGUGGUUUAGAGGGUUGCUCUGUAAGUGCUACUGCAUGCUAAGCUGACAAUUUAUCUUUGGAAAUAUAGUUUGCCCAUUUCAUGAAGUAUUGAGAAUAGCUUUUCUAUGCUAUGCAAUAAGCUGGCUGUUUGUUUUUUUGCUUCUCUUGUGAUAUGUUGACAGAACUUGAAACUUAAAUGCCAUUCUUUUGUUGGUCUUGUUAGUUAGCAUGCAGAUGUUACAAGCUGUAUUUGGAAUUAUGGAGUCGAAUCAGCGUGCAUUUGAAUAGUGACUGUCUUAGAUGGUUGAGAAUGUGCUGCAAAGUUAUUCGUUCUGCGUGCCUCUUGGAAUCCCGGUAUACAAAUAUUAUGGUUGCUUCUUAUAAUUAGUGGCUCAUGCACUGCACAUAGCCAAUGUUGCAUGUGGUAUUUUGACAACAGCUUUUUUUUAGCACAUGCAGUAUAGACAGCACUGAAAAGCAAGAAGUCUUAGGGAGAGAGAGACUUAUAUGUAAGGUACGUUCCAAGCUGCACUGCUUUUACUUUGAAGAAUACUAAUUCAUUUAGUAGAGGCUACUAAAUGCUUAUUUGGAGGCUACAUUUUUAGCUUAUUUACAAAUGAAAUCAGAUGUAAUGUGCUCAGCUGGUACAGUGAAACUUAUAUGUGCGCAGCCUAAUGGAAACAAAUAUAUGACAAGUCCAGCAUGGGAAUGGGCCAAUAUUUUGUGAUGACACUUUAAUAUCUAAAGAAUUGUACACGUGCAUGGCAAUACAAAGUGUGCAAUGCAGCCACUGUGUUGACAGCUUAUUAUUAGUUUUUGUAUCGGUGUAGUAUUUUGUUUUAGUUAUGUGCACAGUUGUUAAUGAUGCCAGACCAGAUAUAUUUACAUGUGAAAUAAUCAAAAGAAUCUGUGCCUAAUGUGCAAAUUGCAUAAUGCCCUCCCUGUAUCAUACUUCUGCUGACAUAAUUUGCCAACAUAGAAGUGUUGUGUGUAUAAUUAAUUGAAUAUCCUGUAAAUGACUGCAUUGAGAUGAGAUUAAGUGGUCCUUAAUCGUUAUAAAUGUUUUAACAUUUGCUCUGCACCACUGUUUUUGAUAAUUAUGUGCUUGGCAAAGAGAAUAAGCUUGAUGGACAGUGAAGGGUUUUGCUGUUGUCCUAUGUAACUUUGUUUCUACAUAGGGUUGCUCAAGUUUUCAAACACAAUAUCUCUCUGCCGUGCCUUUGCCAUCUGUUUUUCAACAUUUUUGUGCCAAAAGCAAAGAUUUUGCCUUUGAUUAUAACGGAAAAAUUUCUUUGCAACGAUUAUUGAGGGAAAAAUGUGCUGUGCAUUGUCUAUCAAAUGCAAACUUUUGCCCACUUGAUUUGUGGUGCUUCAAUGCAUCAGCCAUAUAUUUUCUUUCUGUUUAGUUUUGUUUUUUGUUCACUUACAGUGAAUGCAAUAAUCACUGCAUGUAAGCAAGGUAGUUCAUGUUGAUAUAUAAAAAUACCAAGCUUUAUCUCAGUUUCAACGCAAUAUAAGCUUUAUUGUUUUGUUGUACAGAGUAGUACUUCUUGUGCCUGUUAUGACAUAGGACACCUUUGUAGGCUUAAAAAUUUAUUUUUUCUAUUCAUGUUCUUUACAUGCACAUUAGCAAAAUGAAAUUAAUGUGGCUGCAGUGUCCACCACAGUAGUGACUGUAAGCACUUUGUCUGAAGAGCAGCAUUGGUAGGGGGCAAACCUCUCCCUCUCGAGUGGCAAAAGAGGCCUGGAAGCUUUGAACUGUCGCAUCAUGCUGGUAGGCUGAUUAUUCCUAUGCAAAGCAUCCAGUAAGGGUGACAUAAUUGUGAUAACGUAUCACUACUCUCUUGCCAAUAAAUCCAUGUUGACAAUCAGCCUGCUGGCGUGAUGUCAUGGUUUUAUUUGUUCUCAAGCGUUGGCACGGCUACUCUGGAUGCAUAUGCAAGGCAAUCAGGCACAUGGCCUUCUCUUCCUGAAUGUUGCUAACCAGCUUGUAAAUGGCCCUGUUGUCUACUCUCCAAACUGCUAGACACAGCUCACCACUGACGUUAACCCAUAAGAUAUUUCUGGCUGCACCACUCUGAGUUGGCACAAGUGUGUUGCAGCACUUGACACUGUUGUCGUCCGUUUCACUUGAAAAACGCUGCCUAAACUUUCCUUCCAGCUCAUUUUCCUAUACUCUUCUUUUUUCAGUGAUAGUGAAAAAAGAAGAAAUCUGAAGGAACCAAUGAAUUGAUGAAUUAAGGUUUUGCUGUUGUGCGCAUUUAUGGAAAAGCAUGUCUUCCAUUUGGAGGGUGUUGAAUAAGUGUGCAAAUAUGUUUCUUUCUUCUGUGGCUAGCUGGACUUUCAGGGAAGCUGUGAGAUAAUCUUCGCUGAACGUGUGCCAGGAAAACCGGUGUAAUGUGCAAGUGUUUAAAGUGACACCAACUUAGGAGGAAAAUAAAGGAUUCAUAUUUUGCUGCCA